UGCACGCUCUGAGCUCUCGCGCUAAGUAGACCGCGGGAAAUGUCUUCAAUAGAUCUUUUUUAAAAGCACGUGGAAGAAAUUGGAGUUCAGCGUGAUUUCUCGUAAUGUUUUGACCUUCUGUCGAAGUGCCUGGGAGGUGUCAUGCAGCCAUGGAUAGGGUUUCUGUGUUCAUUUCCGUUGUAUAGAAGACACACCCACAACCUAUAAGCCCACUCAAUUGAGGACUGACCAGAAGAAAAAUGUUCGAUUCAUAAUGUGGAAUGCUUUGUUUUUGUUCCGUGUGCUUCUGCCACCUAUGUUGCUUAUCCACCCUUGCUUGUUCCGCCCGGCACAUCAGGAGAAGAAGCAACUUGAUCAACCAUUUGAUGUCAUGCAGUGGGAUGAACAACUACUCGAUACAAUAUUCAACUAUUCUCUUGACCCCCUCGCCCUUCAAAGAUCAGCACUGUCAGAUAGUAAAACCACGCAAUUAACGGAUAAUAAUAUGCUAACUUUGAAAUCUUUAAGUCGUGUUCGUGAAGAUAUGCUACCAAGUAAAGGAAUGAGCCUUCCUGCCAGAAGACGUUUUCGCCGCUUGAAGAAAAUGUCAAAACUUGUUAAUGAACCUGCUGAUGACGGAGUAUUGCUUUCAGAAAAAGGUUCCAGUGUUUUCUCAGCCCCUGUGCCGGCACAGCGUGUAUUUGUAAGUGACACAGCUGGCCCGGACUGCCCCGAGGACGGGUCUUGUGAACGGUUAGUUUCCUUGCCCCUUGAGUCUCAAAGUGUAGACAACAUCCAGGUGGAAUCAACUGGAAAGGCCACCCAACAUAUAACAUUACAGAAGGAGAAUCAGGCCAAAACAUACUUGUUUGAAGGUAUACAAUCUAUAAACAGUCUCGACGGGACACGACUUUCGAGAAGAAAUCUUCUACAAUUCAACGACCAAACUCGUGAUAAGAUUCUAGAAAGUGAAAACCUCACUCAGAGAAACAAUUCAAUAGGGACCGAUAUGACAAAAGAAGCAGGCCCCCAAAAGACAAAGAAGAAAAAUCGGAUUACUCUCCGCUACAGCAGAAUCCGGCGGUCAUUGAACAGGUCAGAGACGCCAGCACAGGCCCGCACCGGCCUACAUCUCCACCAGCACAGCACUGAGCCUCCGGACUACAUGGUCCGCCUCUUCUUUCUCCUCUCCGAGACACACUACGACAUUCUCGUCAACACUGUCGUCACUGCCUUCCUCAACAUCAACGAAGGAGAAACACAGCAAACGACAGAGGGCGACGCUGUCAUCUUGACCAAUACUCUAGCGUUCGAGGCCGUGUUGUCAGAGGACCGCGAGGUCGUGGAGUACGCAGAGAUCCGCCUGUUCCUCUCCCAGCACGUUCCCCAACUCCCAGACACGGACAACUCCACUCCAGAUGUGGUACACACCACUCCAAACAAGGAACACACCAGCUCAGACUUGGAACACACAACUCCAGAGAUGGAGCACAGCACGUCAGACAUCGAGCACAAAACGCAGAGAAGCUUAGAGACUCCACCAAUAAGUCCUAGUGUUGUUCGAGUGAAUAUUUACGAAUUACUUAGUUCCAGUGCUUCCGAUCAAAAUUUUGACAACGCAACGACGAUACUAGUGUAUUCCGGGGACGUUCAGGUUGGAGAAGGCGAUUGGGAGAGUUUCAACGUGUCUUCAGACGUGAAACAGUGGCACUCGUCGGGCCUGCGAGUGUUUGAAAUUCGCCUUGAAUACAAGAUUCACGAUGAAAGUGAUGGUUCGGGUCGUCCCAGGGUUGCCAUUAGUACAGAGAGUGGCAAAGAUCCAUUGCUAGUUGUGUUUUCUAGGAAAACUAAGCCAGACGUUUCCAAAGACAGAAUACGAAGAGACGUAAGAUCUUCUUUUCACAGCUUUCGUGAUAACUCGGAGGACGAGUUCAGAAGGAAGGUGGACGUUCCUAAACGUAAACAAAGCGCACAGUUUCUGAGUACGCAAGGCGAGAAGACAAGAUCAAAACAACAUUCACCAACAGGGAAAGACGCACGUGAUGACGAUAGAGACAGUAAAGAAUUUUACAAAGGGGUUGAAGAAUCAGGAGUUGAUUCUGUAUCCAAGGAAAUAUUGCACUUAGGGAGUAUUUUUGGCAAUGAUUUGUCUAGAAGCCUCAUGCAAGAAGCAAAGUUCAACAACUUUGAUAGCACAACAUUCCACGCCCGAUCCGUUGGUGAAAACAUAAACGAAGACGCAUUUGGGCAUAGAAAUUCAAUACGGACGAAGGAAUCAUUAAAUGGGAGAAUUCGGGCAUCUAAUGACGUCAGAGGGUCAGUACAUGGUGCCCACACUGAUGUCGAUAACCAGGGGGGAGACACGGAUGUCAUUAAUCGGUUUGAUAACCACAUGCUGAUGCGGGAGGAACGCACCAGAAAGAGGCGUUUCAGGAGACAUGUAGAUAGUCUCUCCUCUCCAACCCUUCAAACUGCUCUCCGGAGACGCACUAAGAGAAGUAAGUGGAAGAGAAACAGCUGUCGAAGGGUGGAGAUGUACGUGGAUUUUGGAAAGAUCAAGUGGGACAAACUCAUCAUCUUCCCGAGGGGAUACCAGGCGUUUGAGUGUCGAGGAAAAUGUUACACCCCGAUAAGCAAGUACCUCACGCCCACCAACCACGCCAUCAUACAGACAAAGGUGCAUGCCUCCUAUCCCAAGCAGGCGAGCAGAGCUUGCUGCGUGCCGACCCGGCUCGAUCCCAUCUCUAUCCUCUAUUGGGACGAACAUGGCGAAAUCAAGUACGAAUACACCUACCAUGAAAUGGUGGCGACAGAGUGUGGCUGUCGAUGACGAAGGAAGACAACGUGUGACCGUUGUACCUGUCGAUGAUAACAGAUGACACCGUGGAUGACAUACCUGUUGGUGACGACAUAUGACACCAUGGAUCUGCUGAUGACGACAUAUUAAGAAACCGUGGACCUGUCAGUGAUGACAGAUGACACUGUGGAUGGUAUACCUGCUUAUGGGGACAUUUGACACCAUAGACCUGUUGAUGACGACAUAUGACACCGUGGACUUGUUGAUGACGACAUCUGACACCAUAGACCUGUUGAUGACGACAUAUGACACCGUGGACUUGUUGAUGACGACAUCUGACACCAUAGACAUGUUGAUGACGACAUAUGACACUGUGGACCUGAAAAUGAUGAUACAUUAUGACACCGUGGAUGAUUUAGGCGUACCUGUUGAUAACGACAUAAUAUGUUAAUAUUAUUGAUUACAACACAUACAACCAUGGAUGAAAAAAACACCUUUUUAUUUUAAAGAAGGU